AGUCAACGUCCCGCCGCGUAACUUCUCGCCCGAGUCACUCCACAAGCGCGGCCUCUGGCAGCCCGUCAUCCCCUUCACCGUUCCUUCAUGCUUCUUCAGGCCUGUGUUUUUUGCUGAGCGACCCAUCCCUCCUUCUCCCAUGCAGUGACAACAGAGAAUGGCGGCCAGCGUGUCUCCCAAAGACCGAAUCUGGUCUCGACGCGAGAUCGAAGGCCUCAUCGCCGAGGGUAGGAAGAUUAUAAUCCUAGACGGCCAGGUGAUCAAGGCCGAUUCAUGGAUACCUUAUCACCCGGGAGGCGACAAGGCGAUUUUACACAUGGUUGGAAGAGAUGGGACAGACGAGAUCCGAGCAUUACACUGUCCCGAGACACUGGAAUACAUGCAGAAAUAUGUGGUUGGAAGAAUCGAGGGGAGAUGGGUGAACUUUCUGCCCCCAAUUCAGGGCGGGCACUUCAGACCCUACAUUCCAGGCCAGGAAGAGGAUCGUGACGUGGACGUACCCUUGGACGACGCACAGAGCUCGUCGAGCAGUAGCAGCAGUACAGCACCUCCGUCCCCCGUCUUUGACCCGGCCGACCUUUCUUCAACCAGACACCGGUCAGGAACGUCGUCAGUUUCGUCCCUUUCGGAACACGAGCACGAGCCGGAAACGCAAGAUGCCAAAGCAGCCGAUCCGAUUGAGACCAAAUUGAACGCCGAAAAAUCGUCCGACCUCCUGAAAUAUCCACCUCUGAACCUGCAUUCGCAAGACCGAAUUGUCACCAAGUAUCGCGAACUGGACGCGCGGAUUUGUGCCGCAGGACUCUACGAUUGUCCAUACGGAGCCUACGGGAUCGAAUGCUGCCGAUAUACACUGUUGUUUAUCGGGUUUCUGGUUUGCCUGCAUUACUCACAUUAUGCGCUUUCGGGACUAUUUCUGGGCAUGUUUUGGCAUCAGCUUGUCUUUACCGCGCACGACUCAGGACACAUGGGCGUGACGCACAAUUUUCACGUCGAUACAGUCAUCGGCAUCAUUAUCGCCGACUACCUGGGAGGACUGUCAUUGGGCUGGUGGAAACGGAACCAUAACGUGCACCAUAUCGUGACCAACUCUCCCGAGCACGACCCUGACAUAGAACAUAUUCCGUUCUUCGCGAUUUCGCCGCGCUUCUUCAGCUCGCUCCGGUCCACCUACUACGAUCGAGUGAUGCAUUUCGACGCGGUGGCCAAAUGGGCCGUCUCGAAGCAGCAUUGGCUGUAUUAUCCGAUUUUGACCUUCGGCAGGUUCAACCUGUAUCGGCUGUCGUGGGAAUAUUUAUUCCUGGGACAAGCUCCGAAAAAGGGUCCAGCCUGGUGGCAUCGGUGGUUUGAGAUCCUAGGACAAGUGUUUUUCUGGACUUGGUUUGGUUACGGGGUUGUCUAUAAAUCGAUUCCGACGGCAUGGGACCGGUUUGUGUUUGUCAUGAUCUCACACAUGGUCACGGCACCUCUGCAUGUGCAAAUCACCUUGUCGCACUUCGCCAUGUCGACGACCGAUAUGGGCGUCCACGAGUCGUUCGCCCAGAAGAUGCUGCGUACAACCAUGGACGUCGACUGUCCGACCUGGUUGGACUUUUUCCAUGGUGGCCUGCAGUUCCAGGCUGUUCAUCAUUUGUUCCCGCGCAUCCCUAGACACAAUCUCCGCAAGGCCCAGAAAUACGUCAAGGAGUUUUGCAAAGAGACGGGCAUUCCUUAUGCCAUUUAUGGCUUUGGCCAGGGGAAUAAAGAGGUCAUUGGCCGGCUGGGUGAAGUGGCCAAGCAGGUCAAGGUGUUUGAGGAGUGUAGAAAGGCUUGCGCGAGGGAAAUGAUCGAGGGUCAUGCUCAUGGUCACGGUCAUGCUCAUGCUGAGUGAAUAAGUCAAUUGAGCUGAGCUGUGUGGCUUGACUUGGCUGGCUUGUUUCUCGUCCUCUCAAAUGCCGAUGAAGGAGAGAAUGCCAUGCCACUGGGGGCGUUGGUUGGAUCUAGAAUUUGAUUUGAUAGAUGCCCAUGCACAUGCCUAUCCACCACUGCAUCUCCCGGCUGUCUGGCUUGGCUGUAUUAUGUGGUUUGAUUGGGAUUUGAGUGAACUGAAAUGAACGACUGACUAAUGACUACCUGCUGGUACCGGAGGACGAGAAAAGAAAGGAAUUGCUACGUUCGAUACCUUAUAGAAAGAACCAUGGUCAAAAAUGAUGUAUAUACAAUAUAACAAUAUAUCCAUGAAGGGUGUCUAUAUAUAUAUAUAUAUACAUUUAUUAUAUACACCCCGAACUGUCCUUCGUCCA